AUGCAGGUGGAGAAUGCAGUAAAAGCAGCAAGGCGAGCAGACAGCCUUUCUGAUGUUGUGCAGGCAGUCGGCGAGUAUGCUGCUGCUAGCGAGAAGUCGUUGCAACUGGCUCGGCUGUCAGAAAUACAAGGUCUACUCAAAAACUGCCAAGAAGCAGUAGCAGAGGUGUAUGCAACUGAAGCAGCUAAGGAGAAGCUCGAACCCGCCUCAGCUCAAGUGGCUAAAAACCAGGAGGUAGAACGAGCAAAGGCACCAGUUCAAGCGGCAGUAACAACUGCAAGUAACCAUGAAGAAGACUUCGCUAGACUAACAACAGCACGAAAAGAGAGGGAGAAGCAGGCCAAGAAGAGGAGAAUGAGGAAGAGGACAAAACAGCAAGAGCGUAUGGCGAAAAAGAAGGCGACUUUGAAGUUGAGAAAGCUGACGGAGCACCAGUGGAGACGAGAGACUCAGUGGCAAUUUGAUGUGUACAUGGGCACAAAUGAGGCAAAAGAGGAGGGGAGACAGAAAGGAGGGAAAAGAAGAAAGGGAAAUAAAGACCUGGAAGUGCAAGGAGAAGUCUGUAUCAUAAAAGAAAAGGAGACAGGAGUUGUGGCAAGGAGAUGA